AUGUCGCCCUUGCCACUGCUGUGCCUGCUACUGCUGACACUGUGGAGUACAGAUCCCGUGCAGACCAAGCUGAUCCGGGUCCCCCUUCGCCGAGUGCACCCUAGACACAGGACCCUGAACCCACUGAGGGCAUGGGGACGGCCAGCACAGCCCCCUAGGCUGGGGAGCCUAACCCCGGGGAACAAGACCGGCUUUGUGCCUCUGUCCAACUACAUGAAUGCCCAGUAUUUUGGGGAAAUCGGGCUGGGAACACCUCCACAAAACUUCUCUGUUGUCUUUGACACCGGAUCCUCCAAUCUCUGGGUCCCUUCCACAAGAUGCUCCUACCUCAGUCUGCCCUGCUGGCUCCACCGCCGAUUUGAUGCCAAGGCCUCCAGCUCCUUCAAGCCCAAUGGAACCAAGUUUGCCAUUCAGUAUGGAACUGGACAGCUGGAAGGAAUCCUGAGUGAGGACAAGCUGACUAUUGGGGCAAUCACAGGUGCAAGGGUGACUUUUGGGGAAGCUCUGUGGGAGCCCAGCUUGGUCUUCGAUUUUGGCCACUUUGAUGGAAUAUUGGGCCUCGGUUUCCCCAUUCUGGCCGUGGAAGGAGUUAAGCCGCCGCUGGAUGCACUGGUGGAGCAGGGGCUGCUGGAAAAGCCCGUCUUCUCCAUUUACCUCAACAGGGAUCCUGAAGGGGCUGAAGGAGGAGAGCUGGUCCUGGGGGGCUCAGACCCUGCCCACUACAUCCCACCCCUCACCUUCAUGCCAGUCACUAUCCCCGCCUACUGGCAGAUCCACAUGGAGCGUGUGAAGGUGGGCACAGGGCUGACUCUCUGUGCCCAGGGAUGUGCUGUCAUCCUGGACACAGGCACGUCCCUCAUCACAGGACCCACUGAGGAGAUCAAGGCCUUGCAUGCAGCCAUUGGGGGUUUCCCCUUGCUGUUUGGGGAGUACCUCAUUCACUGCUCCAAGUUACCAACACUUCCCCCGGUCUCCAUCCUCCUUGAGGGAGUCUGGUUUAACCUCACGGCCCAAGACUAUGUCAUCCAGAUUUCCCAGGGUGGCUUCCGCCUCUGCUUAUCAGGCUUCCAGGCCUUGGACCUGCCUCCUCCUGCAGGACCCCUCUGGAUCCUCGGCGACGUCUUCUUGGGGACCUAUGUGGCUGUCUUUGACCGCGGGGACACCAGCACUGGCGCCCGCGUGGGCCUGGCACGCGCGCGUUCUCGGGGCGCGGGGCGUGGUGGGCGAGGGGCCGCGCAAGGUGGUCGCCCAGGCGUCUUCACCGCAGAGCGUCUCGGAAGUUGUAGUCCAUACGCAGUUUACGCCCUGGCGGGGCGGGAGCAGCCACAACAAGCGUGGGAGGCGACAGGUUGCUACGACAGCGACAGGCGGAGCUUGAAGCCCGCGGGUUGGGGGGAGCGGUACUGCCCCUCCUCCGGCGGUGAUGUCACUCACCCCUUCGCAGCCUCUGGGUGCCCAGAGCUGCUGAGCCUGGGUUACCCCUCCCCCCAUCGUCAGUCCGGGAUCCCCCCCACUCCCGCCUCGCCUCGACUUGGAGCGCCUCCUCCCUCCGCAGCCCCCACAGCCCCCGCCGCCGCAGCCGCCGCAGCCGCCGCUGGUCCCGCCCCUGCCCUGCAUCUGCGCAGUGUUUCCCAGCGCCUAGGACCGCCCACGGGCCGGGACCCGCCCGCUUGGAGGCGGUCCACCUGGUUCUGGCCCCGCCCCCAGCUUUCCACCACCUAA